AUGGGCAAAGAUAAGAAGAAUCCCACCGCUGCAGCUACCACAAGCACAACCACCAAUCCAACACUCUCCCGCACGACCAAAUACUACCCAGCUGAAGAAACUCCCAUAACCACCACAAAAACACGCACCCGCCGCACUUCUGAUCCCCCACCGCCCCUUCUCUCCACCUCGUCCACCUCCGACUCAGACUCAGGCUCCUCCCACAAACCCACUACCCGCCAUAUCGACCACGCCCCCGUCAUGUCGACAGCCAAAUACACCCAAGAUAUUGACCGCGACCUGAAUGCCCCUCUAAUUAGCAAACGCUCAGACCCCACCCGAGCCGCUAAAGAAACCAGCAUCCGCCAGAAGUUGCGCACAUAUGAAGCGAUCCUCGCGUUGCGCGCCGGCUACAUGCCGACGACGGAGCAGCUCGCGCAGUGGGCGCGGUAUGUACUUCGUACAUCGAGCGUGCUAGAUAGUCGGAACCGCCGCCUAAGUUCGCAGGGAAGGGCGUUUAUUAGGGAUGUUAGGGCGUGGAUAGAGGCCGUAGUAGAGCUGGGGUUGAGUAAAAAUUCGGAUGAUAAGAUUCAGGAGUUUAUUUAUAAUACCUCGAAUGCACAGAUCUCGUUGAAGGGCCCGAGUAUGUCGGGCGCCAUGAGUUCUGGGACGACUGCCGCUGUGAGGCCGUCGAGUGUGGAGAUGCAGAAAAUGUACAAAAGGCUGAGAAACCUGGGAAGCUUGCUUUAUUCCAGUCCUGAAUUUAGGAAGUUGUUGAACGACGCUUCAGUCCUUGCCCGCGAAAUCCUCGCCGAUGCAGCCUCCCAGGUAGGCACCAUGGCCACCACCGCCGCCGACAAACUCCGACCCACCGAAUCCGAGACCUCCAACCUCGAUCAACCCGCCGAAUCGGGUCUCGGCAACAGGGACUCCCAGCCACCUUCGAGCGCGCAGCUCAAGUCGCAGGCGAAAGAAAAAGGCCGCGAGUACAGCGAGCAGAUAUGGCAGAAGGGGUAUCAGACGCGCGACGACAUGGAAUCGUACUUACGGCAGAAGUUCCCCAAGCAGCGGCGAGAUGCGGUUGUGAAUAGGCUCAAGAGGAUAUUGACGGAGAUUCAGAAUAACCCCGAUUUCCAGGAGGCGGUAGACUUUUUGAUGGGCCUCAUGAGAAAGUAUGUGGCGACAUUCAAGGAUAAGAUGAUGCAGGAGGGGCGGAGGACGAAGCAGAGUGGAGUACAGACGGAUGAGCAUUUCGAUAGGGCAUUUAUGCAGGCUAAGGCUAUAUUGAUGGUAUUCGCGGAUGGCAAACCACUCGAGGACAUUAGUGACGCCCUGCACCAAGUUAUGGAAGACGUCCAGAACGACCCUGACCUCACCGACUUCUACCACAGUGUUACUAGCUUCAUCCAGCGUGCCCUGACCGAUAAAGACUUUGUCAUCUCCGAUGCCGCCGACGCCGAAGCCCACCGCCUCUACGACCGCUCCCAGGAGCUCCUCGCCGAAAAGAAGGACAAGUACCAGCCCGACAUGGAGCGGCUGUUUGAGGAGCUGCGCACUUAUCGGGAUUGCAUCGUCAACGACCGCGAGAAUAGGAGGCUCGUGGAGACAAGCAAGAAAGUUUUUAAUGACUUGGUGAUUUUGGAUAGAAACGGCCAAUUUAAGGGCUUUAGGAGAAAGGUGGUGAAGGAUUUGAUGGAUGUGGUGCUGCCGAGGCUUGUGGAUGAGAUCAGGUAUAUCCCGAUGCCGAGGAUUGAGUAUCAGGAUCGGGAUUUCGACUUGAUCCUGGAGAAUGUCAUUUUGGAGUCCGACCAUUUCAUCCCCUACCGCAUGCUCUUCGAAGCCUUCACAAGGGCAGAAUUUAUAAACGACUACACCUUCACCUCCAAAUACGCCGCCACUACCCGCAUCACAUUUGAAAAUAUAAACCUCUUCUUCAAAGACGCCUCCUUUAUCCUCCGCAAAAAGACCGGCCUAACCUUCUCCGACCGCGGUUUCUUCGACAUCUUUAUGGAUGGCCGCGGUGCUUCCGCCGAGCUCAUCCUCGACACGAUCCUCGAUGACGAUGACUACGACGCUGAAACCUCAACGGCGGAAAGCUACUUCCACGUCCGCUCUGUCAACGUUAAAAUCCACAAGUUCCACUACAACUACCACGCAUACCAUACAUGGGCUGCGGCGCUACUCGCACCGAUCAUACGCCCUGCGAUAAGGCAGCUGCUGUCAAGACUACUGGAGCAGAGGAUUAGAGAAGGAUUUGAGAUGGCGGACCGUGAGAUUCAUGCGCUUGUGGAGCGAAUGCGGGUGGCGUCGAUUGCAGCACAGGGCGGAGGGAGUGUGGAGUCGUGGAUCAGGGCGGUGUUAUCGAGGCCCGAGGGGGGAAGGAGAGGUGGUGGUGGGUCGUUUAGAGUGAAUGUUGGUACGGGAGAGGUCCUGUUCCCUGGUGAGAGGCCGCCAGGGUCGCUGAUAAGUAAGAUGGAAGCUGUGGAGCAAAGGGUGGAGGUUGGAGGGGAGGGAGACGGCCUGGAGGAGGCGGGGUGGAGGAACGAUAUUUUUGAUAUUAGGGCUUAG